AUGGGGUUGUGCCCCCUGGCAGGGCCAUCCCCGACGUUGUCCAUCCACGUGUACACGCAGCGGGAGGUGCACGGCACCGUUGGCUCCCACGUCACCCUCUCCUGCAGCUUCUGGUCCAGUGAGUGGAUCUCUGAGGACAUCUCCAUCACCUGGCACUUCCAAGCUGAGGGGUCCCGUGACAGCAUCUCUAUAUUCCACUACGCCAAGGGCCAGCCCUACAUCGAUGAUGUGGGCACCUUCAAGGAGCGGAUGGAGUGGGUGGGCAACCCCCACCGCAAGGGCGUCAUCCACAACCUGGACUACACCGACAACGGCACCUUCACCUGUGACGUCAAGAACCCCCCUGACAUCGUGGGCAAGUCCUCCCAGGUCACGCUCUAUGUCUUCGAGAAAGUGCCCACCCGCUACGGCGUCGUGCUGGGAUCCAUCAUCGGUGGGGCUCUGCUGCUGGUGGCCGUGGUGGUGGCCCUCGUCUAUCUCAUCCGCUACUGCUGGCUGCGGCGGCAGGCAGUCCUGCAGCGACGGCUGAGCGCCAUGGAGAAGGGGAAGCUGCAGCGGUCAGCCAAGGAUGCGUCCAAGCGCAGUCGGCAG